GCGGCGCUCGGGAGUGCUCAGAACGCGAGGGACGAGCCGCGAUUGGCGGAGAGGCGGCAACUUCUUGGGCUUCCCUUACUUUCCGAGCGUGGUCCCGCCCCUCGCGAAGGAGCACCUGCUGCUUCUCUUGGCCAAGUGGCGAAAGAAGGAAGGAAGGCAGGGAGGAAGAUGGACAACGGGGGAGGGAACGAGCUCCUGCCCCGGCUCUGCUGCCCGGAGAAGGGCGCCAACGGCUACGGCUUCCACUUGCACGGCGAGAAGGGCAAAGUGGGCCAGUUCAUCCGGCUGGUGGAGCCCGACUCGCCCGCCGARAAGUCCGGCCUCCGCGCCGGCGACCGCCUGGUGGAGGUGAACGGCGAGAACGUGGAGCAGGAGAGYCACCAGCAAGUGGUCAGCCGCAUCCGGGGCUCGCCGGGCUCCGUGCGGCUCCUGGUGGUCGACGCGCCCACCGACGAGCGCCUCCAGAAGCUGGGCCUCCGACCCCGCGAGGAGCUCCUCCGAGGGCUGCCCGGGGAAGACGGCGAGCGGGAGGWGGAGGAGGAGGAAGGCCAGGAGGGGCCGGGGGGCAGCCCAGCGCCCAAGGAGGAGGAGAAGAAGGAGGAAGAGGAGAAGGAGGAGGAGGACAAGAAGGAGGAGGAGGAGGAGGAGGGCAAAGCGGCCGAGGAGGGCGAGGAAGCCAACCACGUCCCCCCGCGGAAAGAGUUACGGCCUCGUCUCUGCCAAAUGAAGAAAGGCCCCAAUGGAUAUGGGUUCAACCUCCACAGUGACAAAACCAAGCCAGGCCAAUACAUCCGGGCUGUGGAUCCUGGCUCACCUGCUGAAGCCACAGGACUUCUGCCUCAAGACCGUAUUAUUGAGGUGAAUGGUGUAUGCAUGGAAGGAAAGCAGCAUGCAGAUGUGGUUUCAGCCAUAAGAUCUGGUGGUGAUGACACCAAGUUGUUGGUGGUGGAUACCCUGACAGAUGAAUUUUUCAAGAAGUGCAAAGUUAUCCCUUCUGAAGCACAUCUGAAAGGUCCCUUGCCAGAGCCAGUUGCCAAUGGUGAUGUGGAAAAGGAGAAUAAUAAAGAUGAUCAUCCAGAACCUGUUCCUGAAAGUCCUUCCAGCCCUGUGCCUGUGUCUGCUUCUCCAACUCUGAGUGAACCUCACAAUGAGCUCAACUCUCAAGAGAAAGAAGAGAAAAGCAGCCCUGUUGCUGAUCCUGUUCUCGACCUGGACAUCCCACUGGCAGUAGCUAAGGAGCGUGCCCACCAGAAACGCACCAGUAAAAGGGCACCACAGAUGGACUGGAGCAAGAAAAAUGAACUCUUCAGCAACCUCUGAGGCACCCCCAUCCUCAAGCAGGGAAAAGAUGCAAAGGCAAUAGAAUAAUCUGGCCAGAUCUUCCUUGGCUUGCUUUUGUGUCUGCAUUUUCCCUGCGAAGGUGCUUCUCAGCCUCCUCCACUUUCCCCUCUUAGUUUGGGGGAUGGGGAGGCAAGAUCUUUCUUGUGUCCUGUGAAAGAAAAGAAAUGACCUGAUGACUACUUCUGCACAGUUCUGGAGAAGUGAUGAUAUUUUAACAGAGAACGACGAGACAUUCUUUCCACACCAUCUGCUAGUAGCUUAAUAGGUUUCCUAUGAGUUUGUGUUGAGGGUGAGGGGAUUGGUUGAUCUUCCAAGUCUGAAAAUAGUGUGGUCAUCUUGUCUUACAAGUCCCAUGAUGUAGGUUGCUGCUGCUGCCCCAGUGAACGUAUCUCUCUUCCACCUCCUCCUCAUUCCCCCAAAUUAAGUCAUUUUUAGUGAAAUCAUACAUCCAAGGGCAUUGACUCUUAGAGCACCUGAACCUUGACGCCAUCAAUGCGUGUGGGCUCUCAGCUGCCUCAACCUCAGAGAGGUUCUACUGGAUGUUGAAUGGGCUGUUGUGAAGUAACUCAUUUAAAACGUGUAAACUUAGGUUAAAAGGAAGUUCUCCAGAAUUCUAAUUUGAUUACCAAAUAUCCUUUUGUGAACAAAUGCCCUGUCUUUACCUCUCUAUAGAGAGCCACUUCCUUCUAACUGGAGAUCUCUCUCAUCCUUUCACUCCACUGCCCCACCUUUUAAAUGUAUUUUUUCCUAGUUUACAAGUGAUAGUGAAGUGUUCACGGGGAACAGCAGGACCCCUAGACUUUCUUGCACUGCCUUCUGUGUGAUUUGAGGCCUUUGCAGGGUCAAGAGAUUGUUCAGGUGCAAAGUCUAUGCUAUAUGUCUGUCUGGGCCAGAAACAAGGUGGAGGGGGAUUCAGACCUUAUUUCAGCAGCUGAAAGCAGCCAAGAAUAAUGUUCUAUGUUCAAUUUAUUUGUGGAGAUGAAUGGAGCUGAUCAGGGUUUUCAGUAAUAAUGCUUAAUUAACAGUUUAUCUCUAAACUGUUCAUCUUCGGAAUUUCCCUGCCCCGUUAUAGCUCUUCUCCCAUGUCUGUGUAUGUCAUGGAAAUAAUUCCUUCUCCAAGAUCCUUUUUUCCCUCCCUUGUUUAAUGUUUGUAAUGUCCAUUUCAAGAGAAGAAAAUCUGUAUAAUGGAAGGAAAAAAAGCUACCUUGCUUUUGUGUGUUGAUUUGAAAUUACUCACUUUUGGUAACAACCAACGUUUGUACAAAAUCUCAGCUCAACAUGUGACCAAGCAAUCCCUCCUAGUUGCAUGGAUAACAACAAUUCUUUAUUGUAGUCCAAGGACCCAGCAAGUCCACAUUCACUACAUAGAACAAAACAUUAUAGAUACAUUAAGAGCACAGGAAACGAUUGGUGAAAUCAUACAAGCAGAGCUUAUUUCAGAUAUUUUCUCCACUACACAAGUUAACUGUUCUCUAAUCCUUACUGCCUCAGUAAAAUACUUCACAACAGCCAAAAUUCACUCUGGGAUUUCUAUUUUCUUAAAAGAAUUUGACAUAACAUUGCGACAAUGUUCCUCAUAGAUUCACCAUUAAAGGAAUUAAUCAUGUUAUCGAUCCUGCUUAUAGAAUCCACAAAAGAAUGUGCUUCAGAAUUCUACUUCCUGGUGACAUCAGGAGAUUUACCGAGGAGCAUUGCAGAGGGAAAAGCAUUAAAUUUGUCUUUUGUAAAAUGUCUGCAACAAUAUACACAGCUAGAUGAAAAACCCUGACAUAUUCAGUACUCUGUGAGCUCAGUAAGCAGGAUGAUUAUGAAUGAACCCAAGGGUUACAGAACACAACAUCCCACAGUCAUUAUUUUACUGUUUUGGGAUCAGGGUCAUAAGGUAAAGGUUUCACAUGGCAUGUUUAGUCAUGGCCAACUUGGGGGUGGUGCUCAUCUCCAUUUUUAAGCUGAAGAGCUGGCAUUGUCCAUAGACAUUUCCAAUGUCAUGUGUCCAGCAUGACUUCAUGGAGCGCUGUUACCUUACCACCGAAGUGGUACAUAUUAAUCUACAUAAAUUUGCAUGUUUUUGAACUGCUAGAUCGGCAGAAGCUGGUGCAAACAAUGGGAGCUCACCCCGCUCCCCGGAUUCAAACCACCAACAUUUUGGUCAGCAAGUUCAACAGCUCAGUGGUUCAACCCACUGUGCCACUAGGGUGCAUAGCCCAGAUGUAAAAAGAGAUGAAAGAACAGUUUCCCAAAAUUAAUUUUUAGAUAAUUUCAUCAACAAUAAUUUAAAAGCAUCCUUAGUAGAUAGUUUAGCCCAAGUCUAGAACUUGAAUGGAUAGUUUAAUCAGCAGCCUAGAGUAGAAUGGGACUCCUGUCUCCAAGAUUGGGCAAAUGAACAUUGAGGUCCACCGAGGCAUCAAAAAGAUUGUACGAAGUUGGCACAAGAAUACAGCUCUUUCUGACUCCUCUGGACACAACUAUUUCUCUGGAAAGCUACCUCUGGAUGUCACAUCUAUUUGUAGCUUGCUAUUACUAUACAACAUUAAUAGGGGUGGAAUAGUAUUUUAUUAAUCAAAUCAUUAUACAACUUCUUCCACAACUUAAUUCUGGAGACCUGACUUUAGCCUAUAAAAGCAACAAACAGCUUCCCUUGCAGAGAUCUAGAUUUAUUUUUAGCAAGGUGAGACAGGUCCAAACAAUGGAAAUCACUGCCUCAGAAUGUGGUAGAGGCUUCUACUUUGGAGGCUUUUAAACAAGGCUGGAUGGCCAUCUGUCAGGGGUACUUUGGUUGUGCUUUUCAUGCAUGGCGGAGGUUUGACUGGCUGCCUAUGUGGUCUCUUCCAACUCUUAAGAUGCUAGGAUUCCUCUCUGAAUGCAGCUGUGCCUCAGUAAGAAUGUUACUAUAAUUACAAAAGAAAUCCUAUUACACAGGAAAUGAGUAUAUAACUUUCCCAUUCAUGAUAGCCAUACAAUAGGUCUGUAAUUCCCAGCAUCAGUGGCUUGCCCUUUCUUACAGACUGGCACCACAUUUGCUUGCUUCCAAUUGGUAGAGAUGUUGCUAGAAAUACUAAUCUUGGUAAAGAGAACAGCCAGUAAUGGUGCCCACCAAUGUUGGUUGGCUUUAAUAAGUUCAAGGAUUUGAUUAGUAUUUGGAGACUUUCCACUUUUAAGCUGUACAAGUCACAAAUUUAUUCCCCAAAUAUCAGGUUUUAAGCAGGAACAAACAAAAGUAUAGCUUCAUAUAAAUGACGGGUUCAAAGCAAUAUCUGUAAAGAUUAAUCUAAAGUCACCCUCCCAGACUGGAGUUGUAAUAACACAUGUUGGGCUUGAGAUAAAGUUCGUGGUAUAAAGAAUAUGCAGUCCUAUUGACUCAUAAACAGUGUUCGUAUUCAUGGUCACUGUUGCUGAAUUCCUCACUUAAUAAUGAUAUAAAAGCUUAAAUUAUGUCCAUACCGUCAUUGUUAAUGAGCCAAUAGGAUCUUAUACUCAUUUUUUCAGGUGAAAUAAUGUAAGGUGAUAUGUCUAAAUGUUCUAUAUGCAAUAUAGAAGCCUCUUACUUUUUCCCAAUGCCAUUCUUCAAACCAGACCAUACCCUUGAGAUUGGCAGGGUCUCCAAUCUCAAGGGUAUUUAGCUACAUAUGGUACAUCUUUUUGAAAAAGAUGGAUCAAAUCUUCAUAUGCCUCAAUGGUAGUUAGGGCAAGUUUUUUUCGGGUAUUAUUAGAGAAACUGCUGAACUAUUUAGAUCUUUUCUUUUGUGGCUUAUUAGAUGAUUUGGGGUUAACUCUAUCUCCCUGGAACAAGUAUGGUAAGAGCUAAAGACUGCUGGUCACUGUUUGUUCUGAUGUUUAUGCGAAAAAGAAUAAAUGAAAACCAUUUUAAAAUCCAAACAAUAGUCCACAUAAGUCACCAGAAUGGAAAUAGACAAAGCCCAGAGGGAAGCCAAGUUCUCAAAAUGCUUCUGUUGUGUCUUCUCACUUUUUUCCAGCAUGCCAAACUCUUUUAUCAGUCUGCCCCAGGCAAAGCAAUUCUGAACUUUUUCCAAAACGUGUUAGGCAUUUUAAUUAAUAAACACUGGUACCUUGGGAA